AUGGAGCAUACUAUUACCGUCACUACGGUCCAAAGAACCAAGGCUGCAUCAAACCAUCACAUCCAGCCGAGUACGCAGGACAAGAUUGGCUCCCCAGUGGUGUCUCAAGCCAGCCGUGAUUACUCUCCGCCCCCAUCAAAUAUUCCGGAGACACCUAUACCAUUGUGCAAACUGGAACUUCAGUCUUUGCCUGUUAACGUUCGGACCAUUGCCAAUCCCGCUCCCCUGGGUCUAUGUGCAUUUGCAUUGACAUCGUUCCUCUCGAAUUGUGUCGCCCUCAAUGUGGGAGGUAUGAAAGUAGCAGGGGUCAGUAUGUCCUUGGCUUUGAGUUAUGGUGGUAUAGCGCAGGUGUUGGCUGGAAUGUGGGAAAUGGCGGCUGGGAAUACUUUUGGUGCGACGACCUUUUGUUCUUUCGGUGCCUAUUGGAUAUCAUUUUCUCUGAUCUCGACUUUCGACGAUACCGAUUUUACAAGAAGUACAGUAGAUCCACUAUGUCAGAACGAGCUCUUAAUGGGCCUGUUCAUGUUGGGCUGGUGCAUCUUCACUACACUGAUGCUCUUGUGCACUCUCAAAUCUAAUCUUGCGAUGUUCUCUCUGUACUUUUUCAUGGACAUGAACUACCUUCUACUCGGCAUUGCGCACAUUCAAUGCAACUCUCAUGGCGAGAUUCCGGUUGCACUUGAGAGGACAGGCGGUAUUUUUGGCAUUUUGGCAGCGUCUUCGGCUUGGUAUAAUGCCUUUGCGGCUAUUUCUGAUAUCAAUAACAGUUUUCUAAUAGUUCCCGUUGGUCAUUUCCCUUGGUCUACAGCUGCACAUCUUCGUCGGGUUAAGGCUAAAGAGUUCGUUCCGCGCAAUGUAUUCCCUCAUUAUGGGGCUAUUCCACGGUCCUAUUUCUUAGGACACCACAGGGCUGGUCUGACCAAGAUGAAAAGCAUGCUCUCAACUAUCGACUAUGUUGUCGAGUGUCGUGAUUAUCGAGCUCCCGUGACCUCGAUCAACCCCAUGUUUGAGGAAGCUUUGGGCAAGAUGCGACGACUGGUCGUCUACACUAAGAGAGAUCUGGGAAGCACUCCCAGAUCAUCUGCCCAGAAAAUAAUAGAACGCAAACUGCAAGGUUUUGAUCCAAAGAGCGCCGUGUUUUUCACCAGCUCGUCCUCCCGGCAAGAUGUCAGCCAGAUCAUCAAGCACCUUCGAACCGACGCCGAAGCUCCCGAUAAGUUAGUAGGCUGUCGAGUGUUAGUUGUCGGAAUGCCCAAUGUUGGCAAGUCAACACUGAUCAACAAUCUACGCAACUCAGGCACGGGCAAAGCCAAGGCUAUGAAAACCGGGCAGCAACCCGGUAUCACACGCAAGGUAGCCACGCAGGUGAAGAUCAUUGAUCGUGAGAACGGAUCACAUGUCUACGUUCUGGACACGCCGGGAGUGUUUAUGCCAUAUGUUCCAGAAGCAGAGAAUAUGCUCAAGCUGGCUCUCUGUGGCUGUGUCAAGGACAAUGUCAUUUCCGCGAUAACCAUGGCGGAUUACUUGUUGUAUCAUAUAAACCUGAAUGAUCCAUCAGUAUACAAGCGCUGGUCGGAACCGACCAAUGAUGUGGUUCCAUUAAUUGAAAGCUUUGCGCGCCAAACUGGCCUGCUCGCAAAAGGCGGGGUGCCAAUGAUGGAUGGAGCCGCACUUCUUUUUAUACAGAAAUGGAGACAAGGAGAGCUAGGUCAAUUUUUGGUGGACGACCUAGAAGCAGAGGAACAACGGCGGGGAGAUCCUACGCAAACACCGCGCAUGAGCAUGACGCAGGCCUUGAGAGUGGAAAGGACAACUCGAAAGAACAAACCGGAUGCAACAACGAGCGAUCUGUAA